GUGCUGACAUCCAGACGACAUCAAGUCACUUCUCACUCCUGUUCCUAUCAGUUUUCUCCAGGCACUCAGUAAACGAUGGAAUGCAUGGAGUCGAUCUCAAUGUGCAUAUUGAAGGGCUAUGUGCGGCGGGAGGGUGGUAGGAGCAGCGAAGACUCUGGAGACCUCGAACGACCGAAUGCGCGCAACCCACGGUGGCUAGCGCCAUCUCUUCACAGCAGUGGCAGCAGCCUCGACUCCCAGUAUACUGUGCUGUGUCAUGAGCCGUGCUCGCAUUCGCAUUCAGGAAGUGGCUCCGCGGACGGUUCUCGACCCGCUCCCAUCCCAGCGCAAAUCCCGCCAAAAGGAAACCACCCAAACUCGAACACCACUCCGGCAUGCUGCGAACGAAACAGCAUGAUGCUCAGCUCCGAAAAGGCCUGUCGGUUUCUCAGACAACGUCUCGAAACUUCGAGAAAUCAAAGAGCCCUCCUUUCAGCCCUGCGCCGCUUGGCUCCCGCAAGCGACCGUCCGCGCCGAUGCUCCACAGCCGAUCCUCCGCCGCCGUAUCCAGCGUAUCUCCACUAAGCCCGUGGUCGGACGAUGCCACUCGUUUGCGCUGGAUCGGAGAUAGCGUGGCACCCUCCUUCGCCUGGACGAAAGGCGGGCUCAGCCGGCGCUGCAUUUGCUCCAAUGACGAUGCCUCGGUAGCCUUCACGCCACGGAAGCCUUCCUAAAAGGGGCUUCGCCUCAAAGGCUUGCAGAAAAGCUUGGUGUGCUCCAAGCGAAGGAGCAUCGGAUUCGGCACCGGCAUGAGGUCGUUCCCGCGCCCUG